CCACCUGAAUACUUUAACAUGUUCUCCAAGCCAACAUCGCAUCCUCCAAGUCCUGAAUGAAUGAAUUACCAAGGAAAUUAGUCGAAAUCCAAAUAUUACAGACCAUAAAAAUUUAUAAAUGCAGAAGCUUCUCCAACAGUAGCUAAACUACCUCAAGUUCUCAAACAGAACAAAUGAAUUAUUGAAGAAAUUCCCUAUAAUUCACGUUUUAAACUUUCCAUUCAUAUCAUACGCAUGCUAUGGUGCUGGUGCGGACCCAGCAUGACGCAUUCACUAUUAUUAGCAAUAAUGUUGACUUUCUGCAUAUUAAGGAGGAAAACUGCAUAGAAAAUGGUUUGAUAAGAUCUUUAUGUGCUGGAUUAGCUUCCUGUUGCAGACUUUAACUUAUCCAUGGAAACUUCAAUCUACUUCUACAUUUGGCUCUCCAUUGUCUUCUUGUUCCUCCUCAAGAAGUAUCUGCAGAAAACUAACAAAAGACUCCCACCAAGCCCUUCUCUUUCAUUUCCCAUUAUAGGCCAUCUCUACCUCUUUAAGAAGCCUCUCCACAGAACUCUUGCAAAACUAUCUGAAAAAUAUGGUCCAGUUUUAUACCUCAAACUUGGAUCCCGCCCUGUUCUUGUUGUGUCCUCUCCAUCUGCUGUUGAGGAAUGCUUCACCAAAAAUGACGUGUCUUUCGCAGACCGCCCAAAGCUGCUUGCGGGAAAACACCUUGGAUAUAACUACACCACGGUUAUUUGGGCCUCCUAUGGCUCUCACUGGCGCAACAUGAGACGCAUAGCUACCAUUGAGCUACUGUCAUCCGGCCGUGUUCAGAUGUUUCAUGGCAUACGUGCAGAUGAAGUCAGGUCAUUAAUUUGCAGGCUUUUUCGAUGGUCUAAUGGUGAUGAAUCACGGAGAUUAGAUAUGAAGUCAAUGUUUUUCGAGCUUACUCUAAAUGUUAUGAUGAGGGUGAUUGCUGGGAGGAGAUACUAUGGAGAAGACGUUGGAGAAUCGAAUGAAGCUAAGAUAUUUCAACAGAUUGUAAAAGAGAGUGUUCUAUUGACUGGGACUAGCAUUGGAGAUUUCUUGCCAGUUUUGAAGUACGUUGGAUCUGGUGGACUUGAGAAAAAGCUGGUGAAAUUGCAAGAGAAGAGGGAUAAGUUCAUGCAACAUCUGAUUGAAGAACACAGAGAGGUGCAGAGUGGUUCUGUUUCUGAAAAGAAGAGCAAGAGCAUGGUGGAAGUCUUGUUAUCACUGCAAGCAAAUGAACCUGAAUAUUACACUGAUGAAAUCAUAAAAGGCAUGAUGCAAGUCAUGUUAUCAGCAGGAACUGACACCUCAGCUGGAACCAUGGAAUGGGCUCUAUCAUUAUUACUCAACAAUCCAGAAGCCCUUGCAAAAGCACAGAAAGAAAUUGAUACGAAAAUUGGGCAAAUCAGGCUAAUUGAGGAAUCAGACAUUGCUAAUCUCCCCUAUCUCCAUUGCAUCAUAACUGAGACACUCAGACUGUACCCAGUUGUCCCACUUCUGUUCCCACAUGAGUCAUCUGAGGACUGCACCGUGGGAGGCUUCAACGUUCCCUGUGGUACGAUGCUGUUGGUGAAUGCAUGGGCUAUACAUCAUGAUCCUAAGUUGUGGGAUCAGCCUGAAAAAUUUAAGCCAGAGAGGUUCCAAAAUGCACUAGUAGAAAGAGAUGUCUACAUGUACUUCCCAUUUGGGACUGGAAGGAGAGGCUGUCCUGGGGAAGGCUUAGCCAACCGGAUAAUAGGGCUGACGUUAGGGUCAGUCAUUCAGUGUUUCGAGUGGGAGAGAAUUAGUGAGGAGAUGGUGGACAUGACUGAAGGGAGUAGCAUUGCAUUGCCUAAAACUCACCCUUUGCUAGCAAAAUGCAGGCCACGCCCAACGAUGAUGUCCUUACUUUCUCAACUCUAAUAAUAUUUCUGUGGUUUUCUUGGCAUGUUUGUUUUCAAAUGCUAGCUAUUAGAUAUGCUCCAGCUUGGUUGUACAUUGUGUAUGCAAAGCAUUAUAGAAUAUGUCUGAAUGGGCAUCCUAUUAUUACUAGUAAAUUUCUUUUCUGAUU